UACUUCGAUUUUCAAAUUUCAAAUCACACUUCUUUUGGUCCUCGCAACCAACAGGUCCAAGAUGUGGUCGCAAAUACUCCUCGCUUGCCUGGUCGGCCUCGCUUACGCUACUAGCAACCCAGCCUGGAAGGAUAACUCUGAGUACACGUACUUGGUACGUGGACGCACAGUUGCCAGCCUCAAUGAGGUCUCCAACCAAUACACCGGAAUCCUCUUGAAAGCCAAAUUGACCGUUCAACCCCAACCUGAUGGACUUAUGGCCAAGAUCACCGAACCCCAGUACGGACAAAUCCACACCGCUUUGGCUGAUGGCUGGAACACUGAAAUUCCAGACUCCCAAAUCAGCUACAAGCACUUGCCUUUGUCCGACAAGCAAUUCAAGAUCCGCAUGGAACAGGGUCUCAUUACUGAAUUGAUUGUCAGCAAGGACAUCUCCAACUGGGAAGCUAACAUCAUCAAGAGCAUUGUUGGACAAUUCCAAUUGGACACCCAAGGCCAAAAACUGAUCUCUCACCCCAUCAACACUUUGCCUAACAACAACAACAAUGGUGUCUACAAAACAAUGGAAGAUACCGUCAACGGCGAAUGUGAAACCUUGUACGACAUCCACCCUCUGCCAGAAUACAUUCUUGAAAGCAAACCCUGGUUGGCUCCUCAACAACAAUUGAGAGGUGACGGUGAGAUCAUCGAAAUCAUCAAAAACAGAAACUUCACCAACAGCGAACAACGACCAGCCUACUGGCAAGGAUUAGGCGGUAUGGACCAAUGGGAACCCGCCACCAACCAAAUGGGUGAAUUCUUCACCAGGACUUCCAACAGCCGCAUUGUUGUCUCCGGAAACCUCAGACGCUUCACCAUCCAAAACGCUUACACCGUUAACAAAAUCAUCAUGAGCCCAACUUUGACCGAUGACAAGAAAGGAUCUGUCGUCAGCAUGUUGAACGUUACCUUGUCUGAUGUCCGCGCCGUGAGCCAAAAAUUGUCCGACGUUUCCAACCCCAUCACUUUGAAGGACCUCGUCUACAGAUUCGAGAACCCCUACGCCACCAACAACCACGUCACUGAAAUGAACAACGUUCAAUAUGGUGACUACCAACAAGACAACAGUGACGAAAGAUACAACUACGGCCACUCCAGACUUUUCCGUCGCUCCAUCAGCCAACAAUUGAGAUUCCAAGGAGCUCAAGCUGGUUUCAGAAACGUCGAAGAAAACUGGAGGAACCAACAACAACAAGACAAACCCCAAAUUGAAGAAGCACCCAAAUCUCCCUUCUUGCCCUACACCGCAGGUUACAAAAGUCAAUCCGUGAAGACCGCCCCCGAGUUCAACCUCGUCGAAAAAAUUGAAAAGCUCGCCCUCUCCAUCGGACAAAGCUGCCAACAACCCGACUCCAUGCUCGAGAAAUACGUUUUGAACAGAUUCGCCACCUUGACUGACCUUGUUCGCAUCGCCAACAGCCAAGAACUCCAACAAGUUGCCGAAAAAUUGUACAGCCAAGAAGAGAAAGGACAAAGACGUGACUCCUGGAUCGCUUUCCGCGAUGCUGUUGCUCAAGCCGGAACCGGCCCAGCCCUUCUCCAAAUUGACCAAUUGAUCAAGUCCAGGAAAAUCGAAGGUGUUGAAGCCAUUGUUGUCGUAACCACCAUGGCCAGAAAUGUCCGUUACCCAACCGUUUCUUACAUCCGCCACUUCUUUGAACUGGUCAAGUCUCAGGAAGUACAAAGACAACAAUACCUUCAAGAAACCGCCCUUCUCUCUCUUUGCAACCUCUUGAACAGAGUCUACGUUAACGAACGCGUAUCCCACAACGAAUACCCAGUUCACAGUUUCGGUAAAUUCCGCUCCCAAGAAGGCAAGAAAUACAUGAGAGAAACCAUCGUCCAAUGGCUGUCUCAACAAUUGCAACAAGCUGUAUCUGAAGCCAACCCAGCUAAGAUCCACUCCUACAUCGUCGCUUUGGGCAACAUUGGUGACAGAACCAUCCUUUCCGUCUACGAACCAUACCUCGAAGGCAAAAAACAAGUUUCCCAAUUCCAACGCUUGCUUAUGAUCGCCAACAUGUACAAACUUACCCAAGCCUACCCUGAAAAGGCCCGUUCUGUACUCUACAAGGUCUACCAAAACAUUGGAGAAACACAAGAAAUCAGAACUGCUGCUGUCUUCCAACUCAUGAGGACCGAACCACCAACUGACAUGCUCCAACGUAUGGCCCAAUACACCCACAUCGAUGAACACGACAACGUCAACGCUGCUGUCAAAUCCUCCAUCGAAUCUGCCUGCGAACUUAAAGGAGAAGAAUUCAAGAACUUGCGUUCUUCCGCCAGAGCUGCCAAACCCCUUCUUACCAAGAAGACUUUCGGUAUCCGUCAAUCUCAAAACAACCUCCGCGGAUGGGCUAUUGAAGAACUCAAAGUAGGAUACAAGCAAAUCUUGCAAACUAUCGUCACCGAAGGUUCUUUCGUCCCCUCUACCAUCAAGUAUUCUCUUGAAGCUAAACUUGGAGGACUCCAACGUAACUUGAUCAACGUACAAGCUAUGGUUUCCAGCAUCGAUGAACUCAUCAAACAAGGUGAAAAACAAACUGAAUACCACAGACGCAGUACUGAAGAAAACCACGGUUCUCACCAACAACAAUUCUCCAGCCAACGUAUUGCCGAAAUCUUGAACUUGCAAGUUGAAGAGGAAGAACAAUUGGAAGGUUUAUUGAACUUGGACUUGGGAAACAUUCAACAAAUUUUCUCCUUCGACAACCACACCAUGGAAAAGAUGGUCAAAGACAUCAGCGAACUCGAACGUAAAAUGCAACAAGGCAAAUACUUCCACCACAUGAAAUUCAUGGACGUUGGUGAAUUCCAAAUGGCUUUCCCCACUGAAAUGGGUCUUCCAUUCGUUUACACCUACAGGAAGCCAAUGCUCUUCAGAGCCACCGGCAAAAUCCAAGUUUCUUCUGAACCCCAACUUUCCAGAAGUGGAAAGAUUCACGUACCAAACACCAUCUCUGGACAAGGACAAGUUCACACCGCUCUUCACGCUAAAGUACUUGGUCACCUCUCCUUCGUCGCUCCUUUCGAACACCAAAUCUACGUAGCUGGAUACGACAAAUCUUUGUUGGUUCAUGUCCCACUCCGCGUUAAGGUCGAAGUUGACUUGAAGAAAAUGCAAGUACAAUCUGAAUUUGAACCUAUCACCGAAGAAGGACAACAAGGAGAACAACGUCUUGUGCAAUACAAAACCACACCUUUCACCUCCAGAGCUGAUUUGCUUUCUACAGAACCCAUCCCAUCCAGGCCAACCACCCACUUCAUCCGCCAAACUUUGCAACAAGGAUUCGACAAAGUUUUCGGUAACGAACAAACUGGAUGCGCCAUCCGUGUAAAAUAUUUGCACGAACAACAAAGAAACAACAUGAUGUGGCUCCAACAGCUCAUCGAAAAGAGAGAUAUCUACGUCUUGUGGAAACUGUUGAACUCCGGUGUCAUUGAAAACACCCAAUUGAAUGUUAACUGGUUGCCCCAACAAUCUUCCACCCGCAAGGUUGUCAUCAAGAUGGGACUCCAACAAGACUACAGGAAGGAAGGAGAAAGUGAAAGCAAUGCCAGCCAAUCUGAAAGUAUUAAACAAAUUGUCCAAACUCCAUCUGAAUCCUAUGCCCGCCAACAAGACUUCAUGAAGAAGGUAUCUGUUGGAAUCAAGAGCGUCAAUGUUAGAGCUAUGGAUGUUGAAGUUGACUUCCAAGGACAAAAAUCCAUCAAAUACUCCCUUACUGGUGCUGUAGGCAAAAGCAACGUUGAUCCCAAAUCUCGUGUUCUGGUAUACUACAAACAACAAAACCAACACCCAUACGAAGUUGUACUUUCUGCUAAGAGCCAAAUCCCCAACACCAACGGCUUGGGAUUGACUGACUCCUUGAAAACCGAACCUAAAAUGAACACUCAAGUUAAAAUUGCUUUUGGACAAUCUAUCCAAGAAUCUGCUUCCCAAAUCGAAGCUAACAUCCAACUCCGCAGAAGCCAAGAACGCGUACAAUACUUGCAACAAGAACCAAUGUACCACCAAUGCAAACGUGAAAUGCAACAAGGAAACAACCAACUUCCAGCCUGCGCCAACAUGACCAUCAGAGCCAACAAAUUGGAUGACAUUGAAAUCCAAGUUCAACACAAGAACUUGAACCAACACUUCGUGAAAGGCAUCAAGAGUGUUUACGAUUCCCUUCGCUACAGUUUGACCAUGUACCCAUUCGUCGAAGUUGACCAAAACCAAGGUGGUCAAGAACAAGUUACUCUUAAGGCCCGUUUCGCUCCAAACCUCAGAUCUGUCAACGUAACUGUUCAAGCUGGAGAACAAGAAACCCAUUUCAAGAACAUCUACGUCAACGAUGUUGCUAAGGCUAUCUUCGUCGUACACCCCGUAUUCCAUCUUCCAUCUCGUGUUUACGGACAAGUUCUUGGAUUCAGAAACUACAGACAAACCUGCGUUGUAGACCAAACCGAAGCUAACACUUUCAGCAACAAGACCUACUCCGUUAACUCUUUGACUUCCCAAUGGACCGUCAUGAUGCAAUACGUUCGCGAACAAGCUCGCCAACAAGGACAAGAAUCUCACCAAUCUGGCAAAGACUUGUUGAAACACCAACUCGAAAACUACCUCGUCUUGGUACGUCAAAACAAACAAAACCCCAAACAAAAGGAUGUUAAGAUCACCCUCAGCGAACCUAGAAGCCAAGGAGAAUUCGUUGAACUUACCUUGAAACCAGCCCAAUCUGCUGAACAAUACGGAAACGAACCCAGAGGAAAAGUAUACAAGGGAGAACAACAAGUUCAAAUCAGCCAACACCAAAGCUACGAUAUCCAAAAGGAUUUGGUACAAAUCUACACUCUGCCCAACGGUGAAGUGAAAGUGGAAGUCCGCGACAAAUUCUACAUCAUCUACGAUGGACAACGCGUCAAGCUUACCCUCCGCAACGGACAAUUCCGUGACCAAGUUCGUGGUCUUUGCGGUCAAAACAACGACCAAAAAUCCACCGACUUCCUCACCCCACAAUACAAAAUCGUUGGACAACCCAAGGACUUCAUCCAAAGCUGGAACAUCGAGCAACCUCAAGAACCCCAACAUGGCAUGACUUACAACGAAAUGAUCUUCGCUGAUGUGAUCUCCGCUCAAGACGCCGGACACCAGGGCUCUUACUCCAGCCACUCCGAUGUCUGCAGCCUUCACCAAACCCGCUACAUUGAGCAAAACGGAGAAACUUGCUUCACCCUCCGCCCCGUGCCAGUCUGCAAGUGCAACACUCGUUCCACCAUCACCAAGAACGUAGCUGUACACUGCGUACAAAAGAGCAACGUCGCUCAAUUGUGGAAGAAGCAAAUCGAUAACGGCGCCAGCCCCGACUUCGCUUCCAAAGCCCAGUCCAAAACUAUCGAAAUGCAAAUCCCAAGCGAGUGCACCGCCUAAGAAAUUCAGCGGCCAAAUUUCUUAUUAAUUAAUUAACGAACAUUCCAAAAAUGUAAAAAAAAUUAAUAAAUAAAACAUU